CCGCGAGAGGCGUACCCAGGACCCUGACUUGAGAAUCUGACUCCCGGCGGCACCACGAGACCCCGACUCUAGAGCCGCGGGAGUCCAGAGAUGAGCAGCAAUGACUCCUCCCUUAUGGCUGAGAUCAUUUACUACAGCAAAGAAAAGUACUUCCGCCACGUGCAGCAGGCCGCAGCUGUGGGCCUGGAAAAAUUCAACAAUGACCCCGUGCUGCAGUUCUUUAAAGCCUAUGGAGCCCUCAGGGAAGAGCACAUCCAGGAUGCCAUUGGCAGCCUGGAGAGCAUCCGGAAUCACCCAGACGUGUCCCUGUGCUCCAUCAUGGCCCUCAUUUAUGCUCACAAGUGCUGUGAAACCAUUGACCGAGAAGCAAUUCAGGAGCUUGAGAGCAGCCUGAAGGAAGUCCGCAAGACAGCCAGUGGGACUGCCCUGUACUAUGCUGGACUCUUCCUCUGGCUCAUGGGCCGCCACGACAAGGCCAAGGAGUACAUUGACCGCACGUUGAAGGUUUCCAGCAGCUCCAGAGAGGGCCAUGUGCUCAGAGGCUGGGUGGACCUCAGCUCAGACAAACCCCACACGGUGAAGAAGGCCAUCAGGUACCUGGAGCAUGGCAUCCGGGACACCAGAGACGUCCUGGGGCUGAUGGGAAAGGUGAUGUACUUCACGAUGCUGCAGAACUACUCGGGGGCCCUUGAGGUUGUGAACCAGAUCACCGUCACCUGCGGGAGCUUCCCGCCUGCCUUGGUCCUGAAGAUGCAGCUGUUCCUGGCUCGGCAGGACUGGGAGCAGACGGUAGAAAUGGGACACAGAAUCCUCGAAAAAGACCAAAGCAAUAUCGAUGCUUGUCAAAUUCUAGCUGUGCAUGAGCUCGCAAGAGAAGGAAACAUGACUAUGGCUGCUGAGCACGUUAGGAAUCUGAUUAAGGCACUGGAAACAAGAGAGCCCCAAAAUCCAAGCCUCCAUCUUAAAAAAAUUCUUGUGGUUAGCAGACUGUGUGGGAGGCACCAGGGGAUUCUGCAGCUGGUGUGUAGCUUCAUCGAACGGACCUUCAUGGCCACGUCCUCCGACGCCCACAUGGCCACCGAGCUGGGCUACCUCUUCAUCCUGCAGGACCAAGUGAAGGAGGCAUCUCUGUGGUACUCAAAGGCCAUGAAGCUGGACGAGAGCAGCGUGGCUGCCUUGACAGGGAUGAUCUGGUGCCAGAUCUUAGACGGCCACCUGGAGGAGGCCGAACACCAGCUGGAAUUCCUGAAGGAGGUGCAGCAGUCCCUGGGGAAGUCCAAGGUGCUGGUUUUCCUCCAAGCCCUCCUGGCAUCCAAGAAGCAUAGAGGGGAGCAGGAGGCCACGACGCUGCUAAAGGAGGCCGCCGAGCUGCACUUCUCUGGCAUGCAGGCCCUCCCCAUGAGCUCCGAAUACUUGGAACGGCUGGACCCCACCUUCCUGGUCUGCAUUGCCAAGGAGUACCUGGUCUUUUGCCCUAAGCAGCCCCGGUCUCCAGGCCAGAUCGUGUCUCCUCUUCUUAAGCAAGUCGCUGCGAUCCUCAAUCCUGUGGUCAAGGUGGCACCAGCCCUGACUGAGCCGCUGUAUGUGAUGGCCCAGGUCAAGUAUCUCUCAGGGGAGUUAGAGCAUGCCCAGAGCACCCUGCAGCGUUGCCUGGAGUUGGACCCCACCUCCGUGGACGCCUAUCUCCUCAUGGCUCAGAUCUACCUGGCUCAGGGCAACUUUGCCAUGUGCUCCCACUCCUUGGAGCUGGGCGUCAGCCACAACUUCCAGGUCCGAGACCACCCCCUUUACCACUUCAUCAAGGCCAAGGCCCUCAACAAGUCUGGGGACUAUCCAGAAGCCAUAAAGGCACUGAAGAUGAUCAUAAAAUUACCAACUCUGAGGACGGAAGAGAACAAGAAGUUCCGUGGGCCCUGCGUGCGCCCCAGCGAGCGGGUGUCCAUCUUACUGGAGCUGGCAGAUGCCCUCCGGAUGAACGGGGAGCUGCACGAGGCCACCAAGGUCAUGCAGGACGCCAUCAACGAGUUCAGCGGCACGCCGGAGGAGAUGCGCAUCACCAUCGCCAAUGUGGACUUGGCCCUGAGCAAGGGCAACGUGGACCUGGCGCUGAGUGUGUUGCAGAGCAUCACGCCCAAGCAGCCCUGCUACAUGGACGCCAAGGAGAAGAUGGCCAGCAUCUACCUGCAGACCCAUAAGGACGCCCGCCUCUAUAUCGGGUGCUACCGGGAGCUCUGUGAACAUCUGCCUGGCCCCCACACCAGUCUGCUUCUGGGUAAUGCUUUCAUGAACAUUCAGGAGCCAGAGAAGGCCCUGGAGGUCUACGACGAGGCCUACAGAAAGAACCCACAUGACGCGUCCCUGAUCAGCCGGAUUGGGCAGGCUUAUGUGAAGACCCACCAGUACACCAAGGCAAUUAAUUAUUAUGAGGCCGCCCAGAAGAUUAGCGGACAGGACUUUGUGUGCUGCGAUCUGGCCGAACUGCUCCUGAAGUUAAAGAAGUUCAACAAAGCAGAAAAAGUUUUGAAGCAGGCACUGGAUCAUGACUUUGUCAAAGACAUCCCAUCCAUGAUGAAUGAUGUCAAGUGCUUACUUUUGCUGGCCAAGGUUUACAAGAGUCAUAAAAAAGAAGAUGUGAUGGAAACUUUGAACAAGGCCAUGGACCUCCAGUCUCGGAUCCUGAAGCGUGUUCCCCUGGAGCAACCAGAAAUGAUCCCCUCCCAGAAGCAACUGGCAGCUUCCAUCUGCAUCCAGUUUGGGGAAUACUACCUGGCAGAGAAGGAGUAUGCCAAGGCAGUGCAGUCUUAUAAAGAUGCCCUCUCCUACACGCCUAUUGACAAUAAGGUGGCGCUGGAGCUGGCAAGGCUCUACCUGCUGCAGGGACAGCUGGACCUGUGUGAGCAGCACUGCGCCGGCCUCCUGCAGACCGAGAAGGACCACGAGACAGCCGCCGUGGUGAUGGCCGACCUGAUGUUUAGAAGACAGAAAUACGAAGCUGCCAUCGACCUCUACCACCAAGUCCUGGAGAAAGCACCAGACAAUUUUCCUGUAUUGAACAAACUAAUCGAUCUGCUACGAAGAAGUGGCAAACUUGAGGACGCCCCAGCCUUCUUUGAAUUGGCCAAGAAGAUGUCCAGCCGGGUGCCUUUGGAGCCAGGGUUCAAUUACUGCAGAGGCAUCUACUGCUGGCACAUAGGACAGCCCAACGAAGCCCUGAAGUUCCUAAACAAAGCGCGCAAGGACCGCGCUUGGGGCCAGAGCGCCACCUACCACAUGGUGCAGAUCUGUCUGAACCCAGACAACGAGAUCGUGGGCGGAGAGGCUUUCCAGAACCUGGUGACCGAGAGCAACUUCACCAGCAGGAAGGAGUUGGAGCAACAUGGCGUGCGCACUGCCGAGAAGCUGCUGCGAGAGUUCUACCCACACUCGGCCGGGGGCCAUACCCAGCUGCGGCUUCUGCAGAGCCUGUGCUUGCUGGCGACCAGGGAGAAGGCCAACGUGGAGGUGGCCCUGAGCACCUUCGUUGAGAUGGCACAGGCUGAGAAGGACAGCGUCCCCGCCCUGCUGGCCAUGGCGCAGGCCUGCUCCCUGCUGAAGCAGAUCCCCAAGGCACGCACGCAGCUGAAGCGCCUGGCCAAGGCCCCAUGGGCACUGGCUGAGGCCGAUGACCUGGAGAGGAGCUGGCUCCUGCUGGCUGAUAUCUACUGCCAGGGCGGCAAGUUUGACCUGGCCUCGGAGCUGCUGCAGCGCUGCGUGAAAUACAACAAGUCCUGCUGUAAGGCCUACGAGUACAUGGGCUUCAUCAUGGAGAGGGAGCAGUCAUACAAGGACGCAGCCACCAACUACGAGCUGGCCUGGAAGUACAGCCAUUACACCAGCCCUGCCAUCGGCUUCAGGCUCGCUUUCAACUACUUGAAAGACAAGAGAUUCGUGGAAGCCAUCGAAGUCUGCCGUGAUGUCCUCAGGGAACACCCCAACUACCCUAAAAUCAGAGAAGAAAUUUUGGAAAAGGCCCAAGUGUCUCUGAGGCCCUAGCUGUGGUCAGUGGGAACCAGGGAGGGUGGAAACUCUCAACCUACAGAAGUUUCAUGGAGGGGGGGUAGGGAAGUGGGUCAGUGGAGAAGAGAGCCAGAAAAUAACAUACUCUUCCCCAUUUCUGUGUGUGUGUGUGGUUGAUUUGAAUCAAGCCUAAUCUGGUCUAAAGGACAUCCCAAAGCUUUAGGCUUUUAAGGCGCAAGGAGCAAUUUGACUCUGAAGAAAGAUGUCAACCAGCUUAGCUUCCCCUGGGUUCACUGGGCGACUUCUAAUGGACCCCACUUUUAUCCCAGACUUUCAGGGGCCAAAAGGGAACAAAGAGGUGGUUCAAAAAAUACCCUACAGCUCCUAAUAUUUUUCGGUCAGCCCAUACCAGCCUCCCCUCUCCUCUGUGGUCCCCAGAGUCCUGAAUUACAGAAGCAACCGC